GUACCGCCAAACUUUCUGAUUUUGGAUUUAGCAAAUUUGAGAAUGAAAAAACUAGACCAUUUGAUGGUAAUGGUCUGAGAACACAAGAAAACAAGGUUAAAUUUUUAAGAGAUUGUUAUGCAAAAACAUUCGAUCCCGAUGCAUAUCUCUCAAAUAAUGAGAUUGAAAAUAUUCAAGAAUUUAUUAGAAAUUUAUUACCAGGAAGUCAUUCUGAAGAAUUUAGUCAAGC